AUGCGUCAGUGUCCAGAUGUAGACGUCUAUAUGCCCGCGAGGUUCUUAAACCAUGGCUACUGCGAAGACUCGACUGUCUAUACGAAAUUUCUAGAGUAG